UAAGACAUGCGCAGUUGCGCACUGUACAUUGCAAGACUAAUUCUCACAUUUCACAUAGACCCUGUUGCAGAACUUGCAGAUGGCUCUUCAUAUAAUAUUUCUACAAAUAUGUGUUGGUCUCCUGGCACUGCCGAUACAUAUUCUGGCUUUCUUGGGGCUUUGGGAUCCAGUGGCAAAGAAAUUGCUGCCUUACCUUUUGGAAAGAAUGACCCCGACUUACAAUAAGCAUAUGAAAGAACAGAAGAGAGAUCUGUUUAGCCACCUGAAUGAAUUUAAUAGUGCCUUGGGGCAGCUAACAUUGCUGGAGGUUGGAUGUGGCACAGGAGCUAACUUCCAGUUUUACCCCCCUGGGUGCAAGGUUAUUUGCGUGGACCCAAACCCAAAUUUCAAAAAGUUUCUGAGCAAAAGCCUGGCUGAGAAUAAACAUGUAGAUUCCAGGGACUUUGUGGUAGCUUCUGGUGACAAUAUGCCGCAAGUGAAGGACGCAUCGGUGGAUGUGGUGGUUUGUACACUGGUCCUGUGCUCUGUGCAGGACGUAGAAGGGGUUCUGGCAGAGGUGCUGCGGGUAUUAAGGCCAGGAGGUGCUUUCUUUUUCUUGGAACAUGUUACAGCAAACCCUACUUCAUGGAAUUAUUUUGUCCAGGUCAUCUUGGAUCCAACUAUGAAAUACUUAGGUGAUGGUUGUAAGCUUACGAAAGCCACAUGGAAAUAUCUGGAAAAUGCUAAAUUCUCUGAACUUAAACUGCGACAUAUACAAGCUCCCUUUAAAUGGAAUCCAGUGCGACCUCAUAUAAUUGGUUAUGCUGUUAAAUAGUUUUGUUCUUUGUUUUUUAAAUAAUUCUUCUGAAUAUUUUGCAGUUGUACGAUAAAAACGCAAAGGCAGCACUCUUAAUGAUAACAGUUAAACCAAAAUAAAAAUGACCAUUAAGGGUUAAUACAA